CAGCUCGCGAUGGGCCCCAUGUCCGAUGUCCCGGGAAGGCGAUGGAUAGUUCGGCCCCUACGGCGUUAAGAAAACGUUGACGGUUAGUUGCCAAACUUUUCCGGUUCUCUGUUUCUCGCCAACCAAACAGCCAACCUAUGGUACUUCCGCCGCGGGCAUUUCCAGGAAGGAAUACCCGCAACCGACAAUUCACACCCAAUCUCUCUUUUUCUCUGUCGCUCCAUUGAUCUUCAACUUUCCCUUAGUCCGUCUAUCUUACUAGGGUUUCGCAUCUUUCCAUAAGUGAAUUGAAUUUAUUCAUCAUGUGGCGCGCGCUCUGGCGAUCCGUCGAUCGCUUCUCUCUCCAGCACUUCAAACAUAUAAUUAAUGAAUUGCGGGAGAUCAAAGUAGUGGACAACCUUAACAAGGAAUUAGUUGUAGAAUUACUGCAAUCCAUAGUGGAAAUAGUCACAUAUGGUGAUAAACAUGACCCUGUUAUUUUGGAAUGCUUCAUGGAAUAUCAAGUAUUAGGAGAGUUUGUGCGCGUUCUAAAGAUCAGAGGAAAUUGCAGAAUUGAGGCACCGUUGCUUCAAUACCUGAGCAUACUUAUUCAAAAUAUGAAUUCAGAAUAUGCAAUUUACUACUGUUUAAGCAAUGACUAUAUCAACAGUGUUAUAUUGCACCAGUACGAAUUUGAUGGGACAGAUCUGGCUCCUUACUAUGUAUCUUUUUUAAGAGCAGUGAGCAGCAAAUUGAACAAAGAUACUCUAUGUCUUCUCGUGAAGGUUCAUGAGGAUACUGUAGUCUCAUUUCCUCUGUACACUGAGGCACUUAAAUUUUCUAACCAUGGUGAAAAGAUGGUUCAAACGGCUAUACGGGCAUUAAUACUCAACAUAUAUAAUGUUAAUGAUGAAUUGGUCUAUCAAUUCUUAACUACUACUCCAGUCUCACAGUAUUUCUCAGACUUGGUCCUGGGCAUAGAAGCACGAUGCAGGCAUUUAGAUGUCCUUGUCCAUGCUGCAGAGGAGAAUUGCUCCCAUGGAAGGACAACAGAACUUCUUUUGGAAACUGACAAAAUUGUGGAUGAUCUCUACUACCUUAAUGAUAUCCUUUCCGUUGGUGACUCUCGGUUGACCAAAAUUGUUACCCAAAGUGUUUUUAGCUUAUUGGUCUUUCCUAUGUUACUUCAAUUGUUGCAGUUAGACCAGAAUAAUGGCACAUGUAUAUCUUCUCUCACUUCUCUGUGUGUAGUUGGCUGCCUUCUUCAAGUUGUCCAUGGAGAAAAUAUGGUCAAUUUCGUGGCUAGUGCUAUUCUAUAUGCUGAUGUAUUUGCAAGCACGGAAGAUGCUACUAAAGAGGUCACAAAUGAUGGAACAACUCAAUCCAGUUCUUUUUCCAACCCUUUGGACGAUGUUGUUUAUCUUGAGCCAGAGUGUGCUGGAAACUUCAAAAUAAAUCAUCACAUCGGGUGUUUAUCUGAGUACCUGUCAUUUGACUCUCAUUUUGGAAGCUUUCCUUUUGAUGAUAUGCCAAAGGGAAGGGUUGGAAUACUUCAGUACAUUUUCUCCGAAAAUCAAUGUCUUAUUCUGGCUUCUCUCAUGUUGUUGCUUAUUUUAGCUGAAAGUAAAGAUCUUGAUUAUCGGUUAGCUGGAUUGAUAGGAUUUUAUCAAACAAAAAUCAGGAUACAGAAUGUGAUAAGACACGACUUACCAAAUUCACAGGACUUUGGAGGUAGAAUAUUUGUCAAACAUUUAUCUCAGAUAAUACAUGUAUUAUUGAAGGUUUUAGCGAGUCAAUCACCAUCCUCGGUGGUAAUUCAAUGGCAUAUUGGGUGGUUCUUGCGGAAGCUACUGGUUUUUAAGGAAAAGAAACUUGAUAAUCAUGAUAUAUCCAUCUUCAAUAUGUCUUAUGAGCAGUCCUGUAAAAGUCUUUGGGAAGAACUUGAUGGGUGCUGGUUUGACUAUAUUCCAGACACUUUGAGAAAUGAAUGGACUAGCUGUAAAAGAGUUCUUGAUGAAUCGUCUCAAUACAAGGAUCCUUUUUUUGCAUUAGAACAUGCUUACCACCAAGAUCCUUCAUGUGGAGCUACUUCCUCUGCACUGGCUUGGCAAAGAAUGGUUGACACGGUCAAGGUUUUUGUUCUGCAUAUUCAUUUGAAGGCAUUUAUUUUUGAUGGGGAUUCUUUUGAUAAUCCCUUCAUAAAUUUGAAAAGCAGUUCGUCACCUAUUUCUGGAAGAAAUUGUGUUUCAGAUCUCUCAUCUGCAAGCUUUGGUUCAGUGAUAUCUUUAGGUUCUGGAAUUGCUUGUAAAAUUUCAUUUCCCAAGGUUGGGAUGAGAGAUAUCUAUGUGAUACCCAUUGCUACUGGCACAUCUGGCAAGUUGCUCUUUCUAGAGAGACAUCCCUUACACUCCAAGCGAGGAGUAGUAAUUGCUAUCGCUCCAUUGGCAGGGUUAAAUCCGGAGAUGGAUGAUUCUCAUCCGACAUGGUUGCAUCUUCAGAUCAGAGAGUUCAACCCAAGAUUUGAUCAAAGCAAAACCAGAAGCCACCUGAAGACUUCCACUGUUGGGGAAGAUGCUAGAUGGACAGUGGGUUUUCCAGAUGCAAAGUCAUGUGAAGCUGCUCGGUUACUGAUACUCGAGGAAACAAUUAAGCAGAGGGCUGCUGUUGAAAGCUUACUUGCUCCACUACUCCCUGCAAGAUCUCAAUGUGCAGCAAAUAAUCCUCAAGGUCAAGGAGAGUGAAGCUCAGAUAUGAUAGGUUUUACUAUUGUCUUAAUUUAAUUAGUAGAUUAGUUUUGUUGCUUAAUAAUCAGGACUUUCCUACUUAAAAUUAUCCACUUCAAGACCAAUGAGGUCAUCCUUGUAAGAACCAUUCACUAGCUGUGACUUCCAUUCAUGUUUGAAGUGGCCAUGUUUUGUAUCAAACAUGUAGAUCUGUGUAAAAAAAAUAUGUGCAAAAUAAUUAAUAGAAAGAAAAAGCUGGGAUUGUGCA